AUGCCUGGCAUACGCGGUGCAUUGUUUGAUACCACCUUAGGAGGCUUUAACGUGCCUAAGGAUACCAUUCUACUGAUCAACCACGCCAAGAUGGCUAUGAAUCCCAUCAAUUUCCCACAGCCACAGAAGUUUGACCCGACUAGGUAUCUGGAUGAGAACGGAGUCGUCGUGGCACCGGAUAAAAAGAUUAUGCUGUUUGGCAACGGCUUCCGAAAGUGUCCCGGCAUGCAAAUCGCUCGCGACAUGAUGUUUACUGUCAUGGCAAACCUGUUGCAGCGUUUCACAUUACAGCUACCAGAGGGCGUUACAGUUUUCCCUGUCGGCAGAAGGGAAGGUCUUGUGCAGCAUCCACUUCCUUAUAAGAUCAGAGCUAUCCCGCGAUAA